AGUUGGCGACGGGAACAGCGAAAAUGGCCUCAACCCUGCCUAUGUGUAUGAAUAUUUGGAGAAGAUGACGACGAUGAGCCCAAUAACUUAUUUGAACACCAAAGUGUCUUCAGUAAACACCUAAAUAUUGCUUAGAGUGACUAACAUAUCGUGACCACCAGCGAAAAAGAGGAAACCACAGCAGCAGCGGCAUUUUUAUUUUGUGUGCUGGUGGUGGCGCUAACCAACGUUAGCUAUGGAGGAUAUCAACUCAAACAUCAACGCGGACUUGGAGGUGCGGAAGCUACAGGACUUGGUAAAGAAACUCGAACAACAAAACGAGCAGCUCCGUAGUCGGUCUUCGUCUGGAGCAGUGUCAGGGAACCAUAGACCCCAUAGUGCAGGAUACGACUCUCGCUUAUCAGCCGCCUCAGCGGCGGGGCUGGCCGGCUUCCCUGGGGUGGGGUUCGGCGGAACGGGCUAUGGAGGGCUUUUGGAAAACUCCCGUUGUUUGAGCCCCAGACUGUCAUAUGAUGGCAUCAGUUUCAGGAGAGCAUAUGAGGGCGAGGGGGCAUCGGCUGCCACCUCUUUCACUGGCACCAAUUCCUAUUUUACUGACGCAGGGGAAACACUGGGUUUUAUGGAUGAGGGGGAAACUUCUAUAUUGGAUGAAGUAGAAAUCCUCGAUCUCGAAGACAUGGAUUGUCUUAACGAAGAUCAAGACAGCUGGCUGUAUGAGGCGAAGCUCAACAGCCCACUGCAGAAAGCCUUGAGUCCCAUUGUGUGGUGUCGCCAGGCUCUGGACAAUCCCAGUCCUGACAUGGAGUCAGCCAAGCGCUCCCUCAUCCACAGACUAGACGUCACCAUGUCAGCAAACAAGCGUAGGAGCCUGUAUGGAAGUCCCUACAGUCCCCAUGUGAACUACGGAAGCCCAUACUGCACAAACACAGCUAACGGCCCCUACAGCAGUGGCUUCAACUCCCCCUCCUCCACCCCCAGCAGGGUGCCCAUCGUCAGACAGCAGCUGAUGCCCCCCGUCAACCAGGCAGCUCACCAGCAGCAGUGUGGUGGCUCAGUAGAGAGAGAAAGGAACCCCCCGGCGGUCAGCCCUCAGUCUUCAAUAGACAGUGAGCUGAGCACCUCAGAGAUGGACGAGGACUCUGUAGGAUCCUCCACCACAUACAAGCUCAACGAUGUCACUGAUGUACAAAUCCUAGCUCGCAUGCAGGAGGAGAGUCUUAGGCAGGACUAUGCUGCCACAGCGUCCAGACGGAGCUCUGGUUCGUCCUGCCACUCUCUGAGACGCAGCACCUUCAGUGACCAGGAGCUGGAUGCCCACAGUCUAGAGGACGAUGAGGAGGCUGUACACCCCACCUUCCACAUCCCCUCAAACCGCUUUUCCCCCUCCCCCAGACACUCCCCUCAUGCCUCCCCCAGAAACUCCCCCCGCUCCCGCUCCCCCGCACGCUCCCUGGAGUACAGCCACCCCCACAGCCGAGGCUCCCCGCAGCCAAUCAUCAGCCGGCUGCAGGCACCACGUCACUCCCUGCAAAGCCACACCCCCCAAGACCUGCAGACCAACGUGGUGAAAAACGAAGAGAAGCUGAGGCGGAGUCUUCCUAACCUGACCCGCUCCAACGUGGCCCAGCAAGGCCCAGAGCCCGUCAAGAACAGCAGGAGCUUUGAGUCCAACCUGCAAGUGCCAAACGGAGGCUCACCCAGACACCAGGCAGUCAGUCAGUCUGCCAUAGCCCAGCACUCCUCCACUCCACUCCACUCCCGGUACUCGACUCCCCCUCGCUCCUCCCAAACAGGAAUUCCCCCUCGAUCCUUACAGUCCCCGAAACCCAAACAGCACCUCCAAAGCCCUUCUUCUCUGCGAGUCCCUUCUCCCAGUAAGCUGCGAACCCCGGCCACUCCGUCUCCCCUGGCGCUGAGGCAACCUGUGAAGGCCACGUCUACCCCUGGCUCUGGAGCCUCAACCCCCACACGCUCCCUGGGCCCAGCACGCAGCGGCCUGCCCCGGCCCAGUGCAGGAGGGGGGGGGGUAGGCGGCACCCCCGUGCCUCGCAGCAAACUGGCCCAGCCAGUACGCAGGUCUCUACCUGCCCCUCGGACCUACAAUGGCGGAAGGGAAGGAGAUAACUGGAGGGAGGGUUGCUACUGAGGCUGGCCUGGUCAGCAGGGGGCACUGUGUGGCCCUCUGAUCAGCACAAAGAGGCAGACCAACAUUACAAUGCGGCACUUUAUCAACCAAGAUUACUUUUACCAUGAAUUAAGGAAUAAACUAUAACAAAGACAAAGUCAAAUUCGUCUUUCGUCUUACUAUCAUAAGGAGCAUGAUCUGAACAGCUGAAGCAGCAUGGUGUGUGUCGAGGAUCUGAAAGGGCCAGGCAGGGCUGGGAGGCAGAAUCCUAGAGAGAAUGCCAAAGAAACCAGCUGAGCUCUAGCAUCCCGGUGCCACCAGAGGGCACUCUCAUCUGCCUCAGUGUGUCUGUUCAGCAAUCAGUCAAUAAGUCUUCACAAAAUGCUUCUCUCCCUCAGGUAGAAGUGUUUGUACACAUUUCUCUUUUUGCAGUCUGUUCUCAACAGAUGCCUUUGUCAGAGAUCUCUAUGAUGAUGCUGUGCAGGUAAAAUGUUCCCUUAAUGUUAAAGAAUUGUUAACAUUUUACAAAGUCUUGUCAAAAAUCAUAGUUUUUUCCUCUUGUGAAUGAACUAGAAUGUAUUGAAAUGUUUGACAUUAUUUAUUCAAAUCAUUAUUUAAAAAGUUCAUUUUCCAAAUAUCCAUAUUCAGUAUUUGUUUUCUAUUGAUUUGAAUAUAUAUAUUUUUUUAUUCUUUAAAAAAAAUCAAAACCUUACUGCAAAGCUAAUUCUCCAAAGUAUUUUUAGAUGGUUUCAUAACAGGACAUUUGAGUGUUGAUGUUUUUAUGUUGAUAACACAGGUGACUGGUAGAAACAGGCCAAAGCCCCAUCCCAGACCUAACCUGUAUCGACUAUCACAUCUGUUUCAGGGCUGGCUAGUGAUGUUGAGCUGCGCCAGUCAAUGGCAGUAGUCACAAUCUCAAUCCAGAUCUACUUCUGGUUUGGUUAGUUAAUUCUAUUGCUUUCCACCAUUAGAUGAAUAUGCCGUUGCAACAUCCAGACAAUAUAGUCAGAGAUAUGUAAUCCCAGUAAAAUAUAUCAAAUCCAACCCUUGUAGCCAUGAGACCUGAGCAUGCAGCAAAGGCUUGAUGUAGUUAAUUUAAAACCUGCAACAAUAUAGUCAGUGUAUGUUAUGUCAAGAUGGAAUAAAUGAUCCUAAUAUCUUAAAAUUAUAAUGGAAAAGUUCAAUAGGUUAGUGGCCAUUGCCACUUGUGCUUUAAAAUAAAUCAGGAGUGCUGAGAUUCAUAGGGAUGGUAUUAGUGUGGCAGAAAUUAAUGAACUAGUGCCUAUUACUUUCAAGUUUAACUUUUUUUUUUUAAUGUGCUUUUUAUCUGUUAAUUUAUCCUCACGUGCCAGUGUCAUGGUUUGCCAAUAUAAUUUGUCUGCAUUUUUGUUUGGGCUAAUAUACUUUUGGUAAUUUUGUAAUUGUAUCAACAAUACAUUUAUACUUGCUUUUGGAAAAAGUAUAUGCGCCUUGAUAUUUAUAACUAAUUACUCUUUCAGAGCGAGGUGCCUCUGUAUGUCAAGGUUUGGAUUUAGUGGAACGCUUGGGCUAUUUUUGCGAAGACAUGCCACACCAUUUUGUGUGAUUUGUUUUUUCAUAAUGAUUUUUUUUAAAUCCACCUACAUGACAUUCAGUUUCCCUGUGUAAACUCACAUUUCAAGUAAAAAAAGUUGAACUGU